AUGAAAAUUCGGAUGUUCAACCGACUCACGCAUCAGCGCGCUACAUACAAAGCGUGGAGGCUCGAGGCUCGGCCCGGGGAUGCUUAUAUCAUUACAAAUCGAUUAUCAUUUGUAAUACUAAGAAUCCUCCAUGUAACUGAAGCGCUGACUGGUAGCUCCUGGAGCGUGACUCGGCACUGCGCUCAGGCUGCGCCAGCUUUGGUGACCGUCUUUAUCCCUGGCGGUUGUAUGGCCACUCAGCAAGUAUAUGACGUGAUUAUCGUCGGAGGAGGACCAGCUGGCUGUGCUACAGCUUUAGCCCUGCAUCGAAUCGACUCGCCCCGUUCCGUGUUGUUAAUCGACGAUGCCGAUCCAGCCAUAUUCAAGAUCGGCGAAUCACUGCCGGGUAUUGCCCUUCAGACCCUCGCAUACCUGUCUCCUACCCUAUCAGAUAGCCUAUCGCAUGACAUCGCACAAGGAGACCAUGCCCGUUGUUCAGGAAAUGCGUCUGUUUGGAGCUCGCAGGAGCUCCACGAAGAAUACAGUCUUACGCGUCUUUAUGGCUCAGGCUGGCACCUUGACCGCCCAUUGUUCGACGAGUCUCUAAGACAGGCUGUGAGGGAAGGAUGUGACAAGAGCAAGCACAAUAGUCUUCCGUCCCGAAUUGUGAGGGAGCAAUUCGUCUCCAUAGAGAAGCACGACGGCAUAUGGUGUGUGCAUACGAAGCACCUAGACACUGGCUCGACAAAUUGUUAUUACUCCAAAUGGGCGGUCGAUGCCACUGGGAGGAAAGCUUCGCUGGCUCGAAAGCUAGGUGCAACUACACUGAAAACCGACAAGCUCCUCGCCUUCUAUUCCCUGUUCGUUUCCCCGGAAGACGACGGAGACCGUCGGACGCUGAUCGAGGCUACCGAAUCGGGUUGGUGGUAUACCUCAUCCCUCCCACACAACAGACGGGUAGUAGUCUAUCAUACCGACGACGACGAUCCAUCUGCCAAGUUGGUACGCACAGCCGAUGGGUUCCUCGAUCUUUUACACAACCACACCCAACACAUCUCGUCGAUCAUCACUACACACCAUCACGACUUCUUUCCCGGGCAGAAGUUUCCCCGUUCCACGUCGGCUAAUUCAUCAGUUCUGGAUCUGACCUGCGAUGAGACGGAACACUGGUGUGCUGUGGGAGACGCAGCUAUGGCGUUUGACCCUCUGUCUUCGCAAGGCAUGAUCACUGCAUUGAACGCAGGUUGCUUCAUUGGAGAAGAACUGGCUAAACGGAUUUCAAUGGAAUCGGAAGGUGCUGGAUCUGAGGAAAUAUCUAGUAUUCUUGAUUAUUACGCUGCCAUUACCCAACAGUAUGAAAAGGAGAAGAAGCAAUACUAUCGUCUCGCACGAUUUAAUGGGGGAUUUUGGGCGAAAAGACAGGUGUAG